CCGGUUCACAUCUGUAAAACCCGUUUUCCCAGUGGUCGUGUGGGUGUGAGUACUCGGCCAGCGGUCACUACUGGGUUUGACUCGCCCGCCACUUAGCUAUGGACGUGUCAUCUAUUGACCUGUCGGCUGCGGUACGACAAGCGUACCGCGAGUCAAGAGAUUCGGGAGCUCACCCUGGGAUGCCUCCGCUAGGCAGGAACCCAAGCGAGCUGGUGCGCGCUUAUGAGGCGGGCGAGGACCGUACAGAACUUCUGCGCGAAGCAAGGUAUCUGUCAUCGAUAGCGGCACCCUUAAGACCGCUGGUGCAGCGAUUAUUCUUGAGCCGCGCGGGCGACACGGUUCGCAUCAACGCGCACAUGGGCGAACGACCUCUUCUUUAUGAACACACGGUUGGGCAAAUCGCUGGGCGGGGAUAUGCAAAUCGGUUGUGCGAUGGUGGGCCAGGUGAAAUAAUUCUCACCUUGAUAGUGUUCGACGACGAGGCCGCCCUAGUAUGCUCGCGGCCUGGGUCCUAUGGGGCAACCAUCAUAAAUUACCAGCGCUCGGUGGCGUUUGAGGAACACUUGUUUGCGCGUGAUGAUGAUAAAGCAAAUCUAGUGCCGUGGGAAAGUUUCGCGCCGCUGCCCACUCGGGUGACUGUCAUCCUUGAUGAUACUGCCAGCGGUCAUCAGCACCGGAUGACUCACAUCGAAAAAAUGUCAGAAUUUACCAAAGGGCUCUGUCGCGUUUUAGAAGGGCGGCGCGUUGUUGCCCUGUCGAAUUCCAGUCGCUGUGUCCACCCGCCGUACACUGUCGGGGAGGAUCGACUUCAAUUAUCGAAGAUGGUGCCUAUACAAUGCGGAGAUUUCGAGGACCCUGAGGCCCUGGCUGUUUUUGGAGAGUGUGUGAAGACGUGUUACAGUGACUGGUGGGAAUCCGUUCGGCACGGUCCCUUCCCGCCCCCGUUCUCGCUCACGCGCGCGCACCGCCGGACCGUCCGCGGCCCGCACAUUGUAAUGCGGGCGCUUCUGGAGAGGCGUCGCGCGAUGCUCGGAAAAGAUGCGCUGUUCGUGAUCUACAACCUAUACCGCCGGAUGCCCGAUCCGAUGUUCCGAGUUAUCCUAUCCUUCCUAUGAUGAGGAGCGUAAAUACAUA